AUGAUUGACGACAACAAUACGCAAACCCAAUUACAGCGUGAACUUGCCGACAAAAUCACAAACUACGCUCCUAUUGAGGAAAUUCGCUAUAUUCUUCUUAGUGGAGCUCAAGUUGAUGGUCAGGUCACAGCUGGUUUAACACCAUUGCACUAUGCGUGCUUCAUCAACUAUGUUGCCGCUGCAAAAUUGUUGCUCAAUCUUGGCGCAAAGGUACAGACGGUCGACAAUAUCGGUUGCUCGGCACUUCACCUCUGCGCCGAACACGGCCACUACAGAAUGAUCAAACUUCUUCUUCAGUAUAUGAAAGUCGUCGAGCAAUACGAAACGCCCCAAUUUCGAGUUGGAGAUAAAUAUCCGCAACGUGAAAAUAUUGACGAGCCACUUCGGCUGGCAAUCAAGAAUGGUCAUUACGACUGCGCUCGUCUAUUGCUCUCAAAUGGAGCCAAUCCAAAUGCCUUGUACUUUGAUGGUCCGGAAAUUACCCAAAUCAGCCCAUUGGAUACGAAUUUCCUUGAAUUAUUGCUUGAGUUUGGAGCUGAUCCCAAUGUUUUUGAUCGGAAAGGAUUGACCCCGAUUAUGAAAGCUUGUCGAAUGAAAGAGAAGGGAAUAGAAGCCAUAAGAAUUUUGCUGAAGUACGGUGCCAACAUCAACAAACUCGCGCCUGAAAGGCAGGACCAUCGAUGUGCGUUGCACUUUGCAUUGCUUUCUGGAAAUCACGAACUUGUGCAAUUCCUGAUUGAUAACGGAGGAAAAGUGAACAUGGAGAAAAACUAUGAGAAGCCGUCGCCAAUCGAUAUUGCAGUCCUUAAGGAUGAUCCAAAGCUUCUCAAGAUUAUUCUUGAUGCCGGUGCAAAUCCAAAUGCGGUCCACACAUAUAUCGGAUCAUGUCUUCAUUUGGCUGCCUGCUCAACUCUCACAAAUCAAUUCGAGAUCAUCAAAAUGUUGCUGGAGCGAGGAGCCGAUAUGAAUUUAAAGCAUGAGUUUCCGGACGGCUCACGAUUGAAGAGCCCUUUCGUCGAAUAUUUCCGCUCCAAUGAUCGAAUUGAUAUUCGAGUUGUCAAGCUUUUUUUGUCAUUUGGAGCACGAGUCGUCAUGCGCAAUCCAAUUGGAGAUAGCUGCGGACAAUUGAGAAAUGUUUUGAAGCUUGCUGCCCUUCAGAAUCAACCUGAAGUGUUGUCGUUGAUGCUCAGCCUCGGUGAGCAGUUUGACACAAAAGCAAUCGAUCGGCUUCCACUUCCGCAGGAAUUGAAGCAAAAUAUUAUCUAUCGCGCCAAAAAUCCGCCAACUUUGCAACAAAUUUGCAGAUUAAACUUACGCGCCAACUACAAAACCGCAGAGUUCAAAAAUUUUCCGAUUCCCGAAUAUCUUAAAGUUUAUCUUCUUGGCCUUAUUCCAUAA